AUGGAUGCCUUUAUAGGCAACAUCUUCAACCAUGACGCCGAGCUUGUCGACUACGUACGGAAGCUGUUUGGCUACGCCAUCAAUGGCCACACUCGGGAGGACAUCUUUGUGCUCUUGCUUGGAGCGGGAGGAAAUGGAAAGGGUGCCUUGAAGGAGAUGCUGCAGGCUGUGGUAGGCGAUUACUACGGCACGAUGUCCAAGGACGCGGUCGUCACGGCUCCUGGCCAAAAGGCCUCCUCUAAGAAUGCGCCUACAAACCACAUCUACGAGCUGAUGGGCGUGCGGCUUGCCGUCACCGACGAGACGGCCGAAGAGGAUCAGGUGGAUCUAGGUAUCGUCCUGGCGAUGACAGGGAGCGGCACAACAAAGGCGCGGUGCCUCCACACAAACAACGUCGAGUUCACUGUCACGCACACACCGUUCGUGCAGACAAAUUACCCUCCUGCAAUAUGCGCAACGGCGAUCAAGGACAACGUCGAGCGCCGACUGCGAGCAAUCCCGUUUCCCAACACGUACGUCGAUGCAAACGCUUUCGACCCAACGAACGUAACCCACCGCCUCAGAGACAAUCACCUGAAGGAACGCAUGAAGGAAGAGGAGUCGCGUCGGCAGAUUCUAUCCUGGUUAGCUCGCGGCUCGGUGGAGUGGUACGACAGUGCAGAGGGACUUGGUUCUCCCCCCAAAGCCGUGAAGGAUGCAACGGACGAGUACCUGCGGGAGGCGGACAAACUCCAGAUGUUCAUCGACCAACACUGCGAGGUCGGGGAAGGUUUGUCGACACUGCAGGCUGAGUUCGCAGCCUGCUAUGGGCAGUAUUCCUCCAAGAGGAUCUCCUAUGAGGAGUUGAGGAGAAGGAUGGAUACAAAGGGAUUCAAGAGGGCCAAGAACAACGAUUCGCCUCGGCAAUUCUACUAUCCGGGGAUUAGGUGCUCUUACGCUAUAUGA